AUGGCCAGCGCCGCGGUGAAUGUCGGCGCGUGGCGCGAUCGCACCAAUCUGUAUGGCAUUGCCCCAUCCAAAGUACUCGAAUGCACGGUACUAAUGCGCCUGGCCGCUGUGUAGCUUCAUCUCAUAUCGACAGUCCUACACCCAUCAUCCCGCCAAGAGAACGCGAUUCACAGGCCCGAGCACUGGUCGCUUCACAGACGAGCCUGAUUCUGAACGAGCGGGGCUGAUGUCCAACCUGGAAGCCGAUGGUGAUGCUGUGAUCGAGAUGGAUGUGCUGCCUCCACGGUGGCUGGACAUACAGGAUGACGUCAACCAGCUGUUGGCAGAUGUUGCAGGAAAGAUGAAGAGGCUAGACCACAUGCACGCGAAGCAUGUUCUGCCUGGAUUUGAUGACGAGAGCGUGAAAGCAAGAGAAGAAAGGGAGAUUGAGGCCUUGACCCAGGACAUCACAAGGGACUUCACCAGCUGUCAAAAGUCAAUACGAAGGAUCGAUCAUUUGGUAAGGGAACAGCAGCAGCAGAGUGGAGGUAACAUUUCCAACGCGGACACGACAAUGGCCAAGAACUUGAAGAUGAGUUUGGCCUCAAGAGUCGGAGAUGUGAGCACGUUGUUUCGCAAGAAGCAAUCAGCAUAUAUGAAGAAGCUACGGUCGCUUGGUGGGAUGAACAGCCCUCUGGACCGCUCCAGCACACCAAUGGCGUCGAACCCAUAUACAGACCCGGCCAUGAUGGAAUCCGAAACAGAUCGGUCGUCGGCGCAGUCCACAUUACUACAGACUGCCCAGGUCCGCAAACGAACAGGGGUCAUGGACUCGGCCAUCGAGCAACGAGAACGAGAGAUUGAGAAGAUUGCGCAAGGCGUCAUUGAUCUCUCCAAUCUCUUCCAGGACCUACAAACCAUGGUCAUUGAUCAAGGGACCGUGCUUGACCGGAUUGACUACAACGUCGAACGUACGCAUGAAGAUGUCAAGGGAGCCGAGAAAGAACUCAAAGUCGCUACUGGGUAUCAAAAGCGAAGCACCAAGCGCAAGAUUAUUCUUUUGCUAGUGUUGAUUGUUGUUGGCAUGUUCAUACUCGUGUUGAUCAAGCCGAAGCGAAGUAGCCAACCCGCACAACCGCCCCCAAUCGAGGCGCCCAUACCGAACGAUCCGGGAGCUGGCCUUCCACCCAAGAAGGUCAGCAAAGUCUUCGAUCUCCCCGGUGCUGCGCCCAAAUUUGGCGUAGAAGAAAGGCACUCCGAAUGGAAACAGAGGAGACGACGAACUUUAGUCCCAGUGGUCGGUGACGGUUCAGCUUUGCUUCGAUGGUCGUGA